AUGGCGGCGAGGGACCGGUUCGGUUCUUUUGCUGACCCGUCGUUAACACCGCUGCAGCGAGCGAUACAGAAUGCCUGCGAGCCAACCAAUUACGAACCGAACCUUGCAUUGAAUCUCGAGGUCGCCGACUUGAUAAACCAGAAGAAGGGCAAUGCCCCUCGCGAAGCUGCCAUUGCGAUCGUUCAUUUAAUCAACUCUCGAAACCAAAAUGUCGCUCUUUUGGCAUUGGCGCUUCUCGAUAUAUGUGUAAAAAACUGCGGAUACCCGUUCCAUCUCCAGAUAAGCACCAAGGAGUUCCUCAAUGAGUUGGUGCGUCGGUUCCCGGAGCGGCCGCCCCUACGGCCGUCGCGGGUUCAGUAUCGAAUACUCGAGUCGAUCGAGGAAUGGCGCCAAACGAUCUGUCAGACUUCACGAUACAAGGAGGAUCUGGGCUUUAUCAGAGAUAUGCAUCGCCUUUUACUCUAUAAAGGGUAUAGCUUUCCGGAAGUGCGACAUGAAGAUGCAGCAGUCUUGAACCCGAGCGACGCGCUCCGCUCAGCAGAGGAAAUGGAGGAAGAAGAGAGGGCAGCACAGUCCGCGAAACUCCAGGAACUUAUUCGGCGAGGCACGCCGCAGGACCUGCAGGAAGCGAACCGUUUAAUGAAAGUCAUGGCUGGAUACGACACAAGGAAUAAGACUGAUUACAGGGCCAAGGCUGCCGAGGAAGUCUCACAUGUUCAGCAGAAAGCCAAGAUCCUGGAAGAAAUGCUGCAGAGCAUCAAGCCAGGCGAUACGAUAGCUGCGGAAGAUGUGUUUGAGGAACUGGCAAAUGCCCUUCAAAGCGCGCAUCCGAAAAUCCAAAAGAUGUGCGAGGAAGAGUCGGACGAUCACGAGGCGGUUGAGAAGCUCAAGCAGAUCAACGAUAGUAUUCACCGGACUAUAGAAAGAUAUAAAUUGGUCAAGACAGGCGACUUUGAAGGUGCUUCUAGGAUACCUAAGGGAACAUUGGGUACAACGACAGGAGUCGGCAAGAAUGCAAACAACGAGCUAUCAUUGAUAGAUUUUGAUCCUGAGCCGAGUCCCAGUGUACAAAACCAGCAACAACAACAACAACAAGCAACAAGCUCCUUGGAGGAUGACCUGAUUGGACUGUCUUUCCAGGACAAAUCUACUCCUGGUCCUGUCAACUUGGGCUUUGAUGCUCCCAUUACUACAACAUCUUCAGGCUUCCCGCCUGUCCCUCCCGCUCAGGUGCAAGUGUCUUCUGGCACUGGCUUUCAGAGAAACUACGAUAUCCUUUCUUCUCUUUCAGGAUCUCAACCCGGUUCGCAGUCAUCUACACCAGCACCUACCGUAUCGCAACAGGCCAAACCUACAUCUCCUCCGCCAGCUAUCGACCCAUUUGCCGCACUAAUUUCAGCGAGCCCCAGAGCCUCAACUCCAAUUACUGGUAACCAGAAAGCCUCUUCGUCUAUACCAUCAUCGACUCUUUUAGAUCUUGCAGGGGGCUCGCCAUCAUCCGCCCGUCCACAACCCAGUGCUAGUGCUGUGGCUACCGCUGGAUCAGCCGAUGACGAAUGGAGCUUUGCAUCUUCAUUGCCGGCAGAAAAUGUAUUGCCAGCAACAAACAGAGUGCGCGUCCUAAACUCUUUGUUGGCGGUUGAUUUCGAGGUUCGACGGAAACCCGGCGAGCCUCGCACCAUCCAAAUAAUGGCUCUGUUUUCAAACAAGAGCAGUCAGCCAUUAGCGGAGCUUCAUUUCCAAGUUGCUGUUGAGCGGGCAUACCAUCUACGCCUCAACCCGCAAACCGGCAGGGAUAUCUCCCCACUCCAGUCCGCCGGAGUCAAGCAAGAAAUGUCAAUUGAGAAUGUUGACCCUGGCAAGGGCAAUUCCGUCAAGAUACGGUUCAAAGUAUCGUACAGAAUCGGUGGGCAGGCUAAAGAGGAACAGGGGAUGGUGCCAGCAUUGGGUAUUUCGUGA